UGAUGAAGAGAAAGAUGGGAGAACGAAAGAAAAAGGACAGCAAGAAAUCAAGAACAUCCGAGUGGCCAUUGAUUAAACCCAAGUCUAAUCUCGAAAUCACUCGCCUGAAAGACAACGACCUUUUUACUGUGAAUGGUUUCUUCUCUUCUGGUGAGUCAAAAGCAUUUAUUAAAGUUGCAGAGUCUAUUGGAUUUGUUCACCAAGGAAGUCUUGGUCCAACAAGAGGUGAAGCUUAUCGAGACAAUGAUCGUAUAUCUGUACAAGAUCCAGUUCUUGCAGAUGCAAUAUGGAGUUCUGGACUGAACAAGUUACUUUCUGAUUUGAAGAUUCGUGGGAAAACUGCAAUUGGUUUAAACCCAAAUCUUAGAUUUUACAGGUAUAAAGCUGGUCAGCGAUUUGGACGACAUAUUGAUGAAAGCAUUGAUCUUGGGGAUGGGAAGCGCACCCACUAUACCUUGCUAAUUUAUCUCAGUGGUGGUUCCCGAUCCAAAACCAGAAAUGAUAACACGCAAGAUUCUGCAUCUGAGACUAUAGUUGGAGGAGAGACUGUUUUUUAUGGUCCUAGAAAUGCCUUAGUGGCUGAGGUACCACCAACUGAAGGAAUGGCUCUCCUGCACGUUCAUGGGGAUAGGUGUAUGCUGCAUGAAGCUCGGAAUGUUCAUACGGGAGUCAAAUAUGUGUUACGAUCAGAUGUAGUAUUUGCUUGACUAUUGUUUGUCAGCAUCCAGUAUACUGGGAAAGGUUCUGUGGUUUGACUUUAUGUGCUUAUCAUUAUAAGCCUCUUCUCAAUUAUAAUCAACAAUGCUUUCCUUUUUUGUAUCUUCAAAGAUGGAUAUCAUGUACUCUAAAUCAGUUGAAUGAAUUGUUUAUAAUUGAAAACA